AUGUAUAGCAAUACAACUCUGGAUCCAUAUAACUGGAACGGUCUAAAAAAAGACGUCAUAGGUUCAGGGCAAAAAAUAAAAUAUGGAUUCUAUUUAGUACAGGACCAAAAAGGUAACGAUACCACAGAAGCUACUAAUUCAUAUUCGGCAACUACAACUUCUCUAUAUGAUCCAGAUGCUGGUUACUAUACAGAUUCCGACUCAGCUGCUUCUGUAUAUUCACUACUAGGUGUUUCACCACUACCCUCUAAGGCUGAACGGGUAAUUCCAUGGGAGGAUUAUCUUAAUGAUCUGAUAGAGUUUAAGAAUUUGGAUCCAUAA